AUGAGACCGACCUCAUCGACUUUCGGUACAGCCCUCGCCUCAGGCACUUCCACGUUCCCAGCCACUGGAUUGAGAACUAUCGAUUGGGUGUACGUGCCCAGCCAGGGCAACUACAUGUGGGCACUUCUGAGCCCCGGUACCACCACCGGAACCAAUCAACUUGCUAGAUGGAGCUUGACCGACCACACAUGGACGACCGUCGGUAAUGCGUACUCACAAUUGACUGGAAGUUUCGGUGCUGCAUAUGGGUCCAAUAACGGCUCGAUAUGGCUCGGUAACAAUGGCGAUGGUAAGAUUUGGCGUAUUGACUUGACGAAUCCUACGGUUCCUGUUUAUUCGAGUCUCGGUGCUGUGGCGAGUACGAACGAUGGUGCUCGUUGUAUUUAUGGAUAG